CUGAGCAUUUAUUUAUUUAUUCAUUUUUGUCACCAAACUGAGCUGAAGAAGGAAUUCAUAGGGCCUGGACUCCAUCUCAGGCCUGUCUGUGCUGAUCGUGCAUGGCCACCUCUCCAGUGGACUCUGAACUCUGUGCUUAGCGCCUGUGGGAACAACAAUGGAAGGAUAAGACCCCCCUCUGGGCAGGGGAAUGUUGAAGAAGAGAAAACAGACACUAAUCACCCCUGCCUCUGGACACUAUCUAUCAGAAUGUAAGCACAGGCUUAUCGGUUAUUAACUAUUUGGAAUGUAACUGCGGGCUUAUUGAUUAUUGACUGUUUGAACACAUAACACGUGAAUGAUGGGGUUAUUGUAAUUGUAUUUACCCUUCCUUUGUUUAUGUAAGUCUCAAGGGAAUUGGGGUAGUGGGUUUGGACGCGUGCACAUGGGGUAUAAAAGAUUUUCACAAAUGCUGGUCGGGGUCCUUGGCUAAGAGGAGACUCUGCCUUGGGCCCGCCAGUGUAAUAAACUGCACUCCACUAUCUGCAUUGUCCUUCUGAGAGAGUUUGCUUCCCGGAAAGCGUGGCUAUAACAUUUGGUGCAUUGGCCGGGAAACUCCUCACUUUGAGGAGACAGGUCUCACUUGAGGCCACCCCGAGGCUUUGUAGCUUGAACCUCCUAGAAGAGGGAAGGCGCCUCGCCCCUCUGGAAGGAUUCUGCUUCUCAACGCCCGGACCUUUCACGUCAGCAGGUAGUGGAUGGCAGCAGGGGAACUGAGCGCUCAGGUGAGGAGGAACUCACCGAGUAGGGUGGAAGAGGGGGCCUGAUCACCCCUCUGGGAGGGACUAGAAGGAGCGGGGACCCACAGGAGCCUGGAAUAGGCAGGCGGCGAUUGCUUGGUACACAGGUCGACGAGCGUGCUAGGGUUUAGGAAGGAAAUUUGUGAAGGUCAUUUAGGAGGUGUGUCCACGCUGUCUCGGGGAAAAUUAUUACCAAGCUAUCGCCAGGGGAUUCUUAGGAUAGGAAACUGGUCCUUGUAUGCUCGUAUUCUGCCCUCCCCCAGGAGGUGUCCUGUCUGCUGUGAAAUUCUUGACCCCCUUGGAAUUGUUGGGCUAGAAGGAGGGGGAAACAGAAGUGAGUAUGAAUUGGCUUUUCUGGAGAUGGCCUGGGACAUGAGAUAUUUAACCCAUCUGUGUUUUCAUCCGCACCUGAUCAAGCCCACCAAGGCAGAAUGGACUUUAAGGGAGAAACAGUCUCGGACCAUGUGAUGUUCUGGUUCAGCUAUGCUGACUGGCAGGUGAAGACACGCUGAUCCCCCUUCUCCCUCUGGGAUCUGGCAGGAUUUGGACGGGGAUGACCUGACCCCUCCCCCAUGCUGGAUAAUGACACGCCUGCCUCCCAGUGCUUCACCAGGACAGGAGGCCGCCUUAAUGCCCGAUCCAGGGCCAGGUGAAGUUUCUGCAACAGCCACUGCUCCUCUGCCAGCUUUCCCGGAGUUCAUAGAGCCGCCGUUUGGGCAGGCUCCGAUCCCGGUGACAGAAGCCUCUGGCCAACACUUCCAGGAUCCGGCUCCACCCGAACCGCCCAAGCUAUACCCGCCUCUCCUGGUGAGUACUGACAAGACGGGGAGGGAGACGUUGGAAUUAAGCAGAGACCGCGCCCUGCCGGAGAGCUGGAGGGAACGAAAGAGAACAAACAAGAGCCUUACAGUGCAAGUUGCUGCUCUGGGAAAGUCUAUCUCGGGCCCUCCAGAAAACCUCAUCUGCCCCAGGGACAGGACAGUCCUUCAGCCGGUCCAAAGGGAGGCCCUGGGCCCAUUACAGCCAAACCAGUGUGCCCGGUGCCGAGCUUUUGGCCACUGGAAGAAGAAGAAGCUCCCGCAGUUGUGGGGCUUGCUGACCUGGAAAUUAACUAGGGCUGCCAGGGCUCAGAGAUAUCAGGUCCCUGAGAGCCCAUGGUAACCGUAAAAGUGGGGGACCAAAACACUGACUUCGUGGUGGAUACAGGAGAACUGUCGGUAGUAACAAAACCUGUGGCACCUCUGUCCACAAGACUACCGCUGUAACUGGGGUAUCGGGAGAAGAGAUGAUUAAAUCAUUUUGCCAGCCCAGAAAAUGUCAGAUUGGGGGGUGGGGGGGGCACCAAGUGAUUCAUGAACUCCUCUGCAUUCCUGAGUGCCCAGUACCCCUGUUGGGAAGAGACUUGCUCUCCAAACUAGGAGCACAAGUGACUUUCUCCCCUGAGGAGAGACCCACCUUCUGGACGGACUCUAUGACUUAUUUGCCCUCUCUCUCAAUACCAACCCAAGAUGAGUGGAGGUUGCAUGAGCCUCUGAAGGCAGAACCGGGUGGGCCAGAAGAACAUGAGGCAGCUAACUCAAUUAUUCCCUGAGGUCUGGGUGGAAGACAACCCCCCGUCCCCCCCAGGCUGGCUAAACAUCAUGCCCCAGUGAUAAUAGAACUCAAACCAGGCACCAUCCCGGUUAGAGGGCGCCAGUACCCGCUAUGGAUGGAGGCCUGAACCGGCAUAUUGCCCCACAUCAAUAGAUUGAAACAAGCAGGCAUUCUGGUAGAGUGCCAGUCGGCUUGGAAUACGCCAAUCCUGCCAGUCAACAGGGAAGGAGGACAGGACUAUAGGCCUGUACAAGAUCUCAGGCUAGUCAACCAGGCUACUGUGACUUUACAUCCCACUGUUCCAAACCCCUAUACCUUACUUAGCCUCCUCCCACCGAGGACUAAAGUUUACACUUGCCUAGAUCUCAAGGAUGCCUUCUUCUGCAUACGCCUCGCCCCAGCGUCACAGCCCAUCUUUGCCUUUGAAUGGGAAGAUCCAGUGGGGAGCACCAAACAACAGCUCAUCUGGACUCCCCCACAAGGGUUUAAAAACUUCCCAGCCAUCUUUGGAGAAGCCUUGGCUUCUGAUCAGGACUCAUUCCAUCCGGAAGAGUAUGGAUGUCAGCUCCUACAAUAGGGGGAUGACCUGCUGCUGGCUGCCUGAGACCAAGGAAAAAUGCUGGAAAGGGACAAAUGCACUGCUCCAGCUGUUGAUGGAAGGUUACCGGGUGUCGAAGAAGAAGGCACAGAUCUACAAAGAGGAGGUAAGGUAUCUGGGGUUUGUUUUAAAGAAGGACUCAGGGUUCCAGACCCUAAUUGGGUCCUAUAUACUGAUGGCACUCGCCUGAUAAAACAGGGACAACAGUGUGAGGGGGCCGCUGUAUGCAGAAACAGCCCAGGCAGGUGGUUGAGAGUCACCUGCAGAUCGGUCAUCAGUGGUCUGACCAACAUCAUCUUGAUUGUUUUCGGGACAGUGAAGCUAGCUAUAGUACAUGUCCCCGGUCACCAGAUAGGAGAAGACCCUAAGGCGCGGGGCAAUCGUGCUGCUGAUGCGGCCGCUCGAGAAGCGGCUAGCCGGGACUAUGCUGCCCUCAUAUUAGCCGUGGGACUUCCACCUCCUUGUAUGGGGACCUUGCCACCAGUUCCCGAAUAUUCCCUCCCUGAUCUCGCCUGGAUCAACAAGGAUACCACCCUCCAGAAAGAUGACCAAGAUGGAUGGUACCGAGACCAAAUCAACAACCUGAUCUUGCCUGCCACCCUGGGUCGUCACCUGUGUGAACACCUGCACACAACUACACACUUGGGAGAAAAAAAGACCCUAACACUUCUCCAGACGGCCUGCCUGAGGUUCCCUCGACAAAAUGCCACUGUACGAGACAUAAUUCAAGCCUGCAAAGCGUGCCAGCUGAUGAGGGCAGAGAAGAAGCAGCACUCGGGAACGAGGUACCGAGGGGAAAAGCCAGGGCAACACUGAGGUAAGGCCAGGCAAGUACGGGUACCGCUAUCUGUUGGUUCUGGUAGAUACCUUCUCGGGGUGGGUGGAAGCUUUCCCCACUAAGGGAGAGACAGCAAUAGUGGUUGCUAAAAAGAUCUUAGAGGAGAUAGGGCCUAGGUAUGGGCUGCCAGUGACUAUGGGCUCUGAUAAUGGACCUGCCUUUGUGAGCCAGAUUGUACAAGGGCUGGCCCAAGCUCUGGGGACGAAAUGGAAGUUACACUGCGAAUAUAAUCCCCAGAGCUCAGGACAGGUUGAGAGAAUGAAUCGGACCCUAAAAGAAACUUUGACAAAGUUGGCAAUAGAGACUGGCGGGGACUGGGUGACCCUCCUCCCCUUUGCACUCUUUCGGGCACGUAACACCCCUUAUAAGCUGAAUCUUACUCCUUUUGAGAUUCUGUAUGGAAGACCCCCUCCUGUGUAUCCUAUUUUCGAAGGAAAAUGUCUGCCACCCCCUACUUUGGGACAAUUCCAGCAAACUCUGAUAGCAUUAAGUAAGAUGCAUAACCAUGUUUGGAAAUUGAUUCGAGAGAUACAUGAGGGCCAAAACAAGAGGGCCCUCCCCUCACAUAAUAUUGGCCCAGGUGAUUGGGUUUGGGUAAAACGACACCAAUCUAAAGUAUUAGAACCUAGAUGGAAACGCCCUUAUAUUGUUGUUCUUACCACUCCUACCGCUGUCAAGGUCGACAGGAUUGGACCCUGGGUUCACUGCAAUCACGUGCGGCAAGCCACAUCGGAAGAACAGGAAAAAGCGCGAGCAGAAUGGAAGGCGAGUCCUCACCCGUCAAAUCCUUUGAAACUGAAACUCGUCCGCCGCGAGGCCUCCUAAUUCUCCUGCUGAUGGCAACUCUCAUCGACCCAGGAGCGACCAGUCAUAACCCCCAUCAACCUGCUAAGAUCACAUGGAAACUCAACGACGGGCAAACUCAUGAGCUGCUCAAUGAGACCUCAGGAAUCCACCCUCCAAACACCUGGUGGCCGGACCUGAACUUCGACCUCUCAAGCCUCUUCGCAAAGCAGGACGGUCUCUAUGAUAAGUACUAUAGGGAUGGGAUAAAAAACCAUAGGUUGGGGUUUGGGGCUUGCCCGGGCUAUGUAAGAAAUAACUGGAAAACCUGUGGUGGCAUAGAAAGCUAUUAUUGCAGGAGCUGGAGUUGUGUGACCUCUUGUGAUGGACCCCAGAGGUGGGAUGUCAGAAACAGAGAUCUAGUUAGCUUCACCUUCAAGGACCGUAGACACCAGGGGCCUCAGGUACGAGUACAAUUUAACCAGGAACGGGCGAAGAAAGAAAACCGCUGGACCUCAGGACUGACUUGGGGUUUUCAGCUUCACGUAAAUUGGCCUGGCCCCUACCCAGGCGAGCUUUUAAUCAUUAAACAGGUUAUUGAGCCGGUGCAGGUACAUAGUUUAGGUCCCAAUCUGGUCAAAGCAUUACAGGGGCAUAAGGCGACCCCCAAGCCAACCACCUUCAGACCAAGCUUGCCGGGAACAUUUAACAUCUCCUCUACCCCGAGCCUCAGAGGCAAACUGACAGAAACCCCUGGCCCUCUGGCUGUUACCAUUAGCUCAGCAAUUCAGGACCCCCUAUGGGCCUUAGUGAAUGCAGCCUUUACGGUCUUAAACCAUACCAACCCUAAUGCGACCCAGUCCUGUUGGCUUUGUUAUAAUCUUCACCCACCCUUCUAUGAGGCCAUAGGCCUCAAUGUCUCUUACCACUUAUCUUCAGGCCAGAACCCACCCCCAUGCCGAUGGGAAGAACGCAAGGUUGGCCUCACAAUGAAUGAAGUCUGGGGACAGGGACUCUGUUUGGGCACAGUGCCACGUGAUAAAACUUCCCUCUGUGCCCGGACUAUUAGUAACCUACGCUUACACGGCAAACAUUGGAUUGUGCCAGAGGUUGGGGGUUGGUGGAUUUGUUCACAUACUGGGCUAACCCCAUGUUUACAUUGUGAAGAUUUUUAACCAGAGUCAAGAAUUCUGUGUCCUGGUUGCUGUAAUGCCAAAAAUCUUAUACCACUCUGAAGAGGUUAUGUACUCACAUUGGGACCGGGAAUUGCUAAGACAAAAGAGAGAGCCAAUCAGUGCGAUCACCAUGGCAGCCUUGUUCAGUCUUGGGCUGGCAGGAGCAGGGACAGGAAUAGCUUCACUAUCUCUGCAAGGCCAAGGGUUUUCCUCCCUACGAGCCGCCAUAGAUGAAGAUAUAACUCGCAUAGAAGAAUCAAUCAGCCACUUAGAGAAGUCUCUGACUUCCUUGUCUGAGGUGGUCUUGCAGAAUAGGAGAGGAUUAGACUUGAUUUUUCUCCAACACGGUGGGGUCUGCGCGGCUCUGGGAGAAGAAUGUUGUUUCUAUGCAGACCAUACAGGAGUGGUAAGAGAAUCUAUGGCAAAAGUAAGAGAAGGGCUGGCGCAACGAAAGAGGGAACGGGAGGCCCAACAGGGAUGGUUUGAGUCUUGGUUUCAACGCUCCCCCUGGCUGACCACCUUAGUUUCCACCCUCCUGGGCCCGCUUAUAGUGCUAUUAUUAACACUUACAUUUGGCCCUUGUAUUUUAAACCGGCUAAUGUCAUUUAUUAAAGAACGUCUAAAUACCAUUCAGAUUAUGGUAUUGAGGCAGCAAUAUCAGAUGGUAGCCCAGGAUGAAGAGAAAGAUUCCUCUACAGGAACAACAAGACAGGGGGGAAUGUGAGGCUGCCAGGGUUACUACCGUGACGGGCGGCCUGGACCUAAGUUUUAGCUUCCCCCGAAAUGGUAAGAUUCCCUACCCCCAUCAGGUAACCUGGAGCCAGCCAAUCAAUAUGCGCCCAGUAAGAACAAAGGGAGAGCUGAAAAGCCCGUGAACGCCCAGGUUUGAAAAAAGCCCGCAAAAGUCUGUACCAAUAGAAUUGUCUUGCAAACAUGUAACCAAUCCGCUUAAGCCAGCUACUAACCGCUUUUGCAUAUCUUAUAAAUUUGUGUAACAAGCUUGAGCUCGGCGCUUUCUGACCCUGCACCACUGUGAUGUUUGUGGCAGAAAGCCCUGGCUCGAGACAGUAAUAAACUUCCCUUUUUUGCGAGUUGCAUUGUCUUGGAAGCCUUCUCUCUCUUCCCGCUCGGGGAUUCGGACAUCGGGCAUAACAUCUGGGGGCUCGUCCGGGAUCCCUUGACCGGGAGUAGGGAACGCUUACAGGACAAAGGGGAAGGAUAAAUAAUAACACCGGUGCUCAGGAAAGUCCAGAGUAAAUCCAAGGCCCUGCUGGGAAGCAGGGAGGUAUCUGGCACAGAAGGAAGGCUUUCUAUAAAGGGGGGCCAGCCGGCAUAAGGCCGAGGCCAGCGAACGCGCUGGGAGGCAGCCGACUCCGCGGGAAGGAAAGUUCCUCUACCGACCCCGAGUCUGGUGAAAAGCGGACGCCAUUCUGUAAGGUGAAUCUGCUACCGGGAGGCAAGAAAAUUCAGGGGGCCCGAAAACCCAGCGCUGUGUCGUCGGCCGACGUUUGUUUGUCCGUGUGUUUGUCUUUGGCUCUCCGUGUUUUUGUGUGUGCCGGCAUUGUCUCUAGUCUCGUUCUCUUCUGGUGCAUCGUUCUUUCUCACUUCUGACUUUUUCUCCUUCUCUUCUUCUCUGAUCUGCCCUCAACUCCUUUUCUUUUCGGGAGUUUCAGUGAACAGGCGAACGGUUGUGGGGGCAUUUGAUGAGUCCUGGCCAGGGCUACACUCUGGCGGACUCUGAAGGCCCUACAAUAAGUAAGCCUCAGUAACUAGAGCCCGACCGGGUGAAACUCUCCUUUAACAUCCCUAACUGAGGACGUGGCCUAAAAUUCUUCUUGUGGGCACGGGUCAGGCACUUAAAGGCCAUUAGGGCACCUGCCACUUGAAGACUCCCGUGAGAGGAUAAGGGGGUCACGGAACGGACUAGAAACCCCUAGGGUGCCCGCCCCCAGCAAGAAAACUUCCGUGCAACGACGCCGGCACAUAAACAGUUCCAAAAGCAUACCAUAAGCCCAACCUCUUGGCCGCCACCACUCCCGGUAGGAUUUUUGGUGGUCGUUCUCAGUGACUUCCUCUCUCUCUUCCUUACCGUUUAUUCUUUGACCAUGGGGCAGGGAGAAUCUACCCCACUUUCUCUCAUGACUGACCAUUUUUCGGAUGUCAGGGCCAGGGCCCAUAACUUGUCUUUGCUAGUCAAGAAAAGUAAAUUAAUAACUUUUUGUUCUGCAGUGGCCCGCCUUUCAGGUUGGAUGGCCUCCGGAAGGCACCUUUCAACCGUCCAUCAUACAGGCUGUGAAGGAGAAGAUUAUGGCUCCUGAUCCCUGGGGCCAUCCGAGUCAGGUCCCCUAUGUCAUGGUCUGGCAGGAUCUAGUGGAAAAUCCGCCUAAAUGGUUAAAACCUUUUGUUCACAAACUUCCUAGUUCCUCCAAUUCACAGGUCCUGGUGAUGGAGACCCCCCGGAGGAAACCAAAAAGAAAGAGGACCCAAAACCAGUCCUUCAGGAAUCAUCUUAUCCAAACCUGAUAGAUCUAGAAACGGAGAUAAGGCCUCUGCCAUAUGUGCCCUCCUUGCAAUCCCCUCCGAGGAGAGAAGCUCCCACAGGUGAACCGAGAGGAUUAAGAGGGCCAACGGGAACCGACCGUGAGGGGGGGCUGGCAUUGGGGACCCGGGGGAAAACUAAGGGAGAUAGGGGUAAGCAAGACCCUGGGGCCCCAGAGUUACCUUCAUCCACUGUUCAGGCGCUCCCCGUCCGAGUGGGACCAACUAACCCGGACGGAGAGCGAACCUAUCAGUACUGGCCCUUUUCCACGAGUGACCUGUACAAUUGGAAGACCCAAAACCCUCCUUUCUCAGAGAAACCCCAAGGCCUCAUUGACCUCUUAGAUUCCAUUUUGUUCACUCAUAAUCCCACCUGGGAUGAUUGUCAGCAGCUGUUGCAGGUGCUCUUCACCACGGAAGAACGGGAGCGAAUUCUGGCAGAGGCGCGGAAACGGGCCCCAGGGGUCGACGGGAGGCCAACCGCCCAGCCUCAUCUUGUGGACGAGGGGUUUCCCCUGUUGCGGCCUAACUGGGAUUUUGAGCGGGUGGAAGGUAGGGAGCGUCUCCGAGUGUACCGCCAGACUCUAAUGGCUGGCCUGCGGGCUGCAGCAAGAAAGCCGACAAAUCUGGCAAAGGUAAAUUUAGUAAGGCAAGAGCCCACUGAAAGCCCGGCAGCCUUCCUAGAGAGGCUGAUGGAAGCUUUCAGGCAAUAUACACCUAUGGACCCCCAGGCUGAGGAGUCACGCGCUGCAGUUCUGUUAGCGUUCGUGAAUCAGGCAGCCCCAGAUAUUAGGAAGAAAUUACAAAAGGUAGAGGGAUUGGGAGAACAGACAAUACAGGAUUUACUGAAAGUAGCUGAAAAGGUAUUUAAUAAUAGGGAAACCCCAGAAGAAAGGGAAGAGCGAAUUCGGCGGGAGGAAAGGGAAUUAGCGGAGAAGAUCAGGAAAGAAGAUAGGGAACAUAGGGCGAGGGAAAACCGGAAGAACCAGAAGGAGCUAGCCCAGAUUCUUUUUGCGGGGAUAAAGGCCGGAACAGAAUUGAGGGAACCUCGAGACCCCCGGACGGGAGAAAAAGAAAAACCAAAAAGGCAGGCCCUAAAGAAGGAUCAGUGCGCCUACUGCAAAGAACAGGGGCACUGGAAAAACGAGUGCCCUAAGAGGGACUCAAGGAGAGGAAUGACCCAGAGAGAGAAAAUCCCCCCUGGAACUCGAGUUCUAUAUGCGGGGGAAGACAGUGACUAGGGGAGUCGAGACUCGGCACCCCUCCCCGAGUCCUGGGUAGCCAUACAUGUGGAGGGGAAACCCGUUGGCUUCAUGGUAGAUACUGGCGCCCAACACUCUGUUCUAAAUAAAAAACUGGGACCAAUGUCUAAGAAAACCAGCUUAGUGCAAGGAGCCAUGGGGACAAAAAGAUAUUGUUGGACCACAGAAUGGAAAGUAAAUCUGGGGACCCACCAGGUGUCCCAUUCGUUUUUGGUGAUACCAGAAUGCCCAGCCCCUCUACUUGGAAGAGACUUGUUGACUAAAGUUAAUGCUCAGAUCCAUUUUGACCCCGGGGGAAUGUCAGUCACGGAUGGACUUGGACAACCGAUACAUGUCUUGUCCCUAGCCUUAAGAGAUGAAUACAGACUUUUUGCGCCUAAACCCUCAGAGACCAUAGCACUAGAUGUACAACCGUGGGUCCAUAAAUAUCCAUUGGCCUGGGCAGAAACAGCAGGAAUGGGACUAGCCAAACAGAGACAUCCGGUCGUCAUCGAGCUAAAGGCCGAGGCAGUUCCUGUGAGGGUGAGACAGUACCCUAUGAGCCAAGAAGCUCGGCGGGGGAUCACUCCCCACAUUCGACGGCUCAUGGAGGCCGGAAUUCUCAGGCGAUGCCAAUCCCCACACCCCCUUACUGCCGGUGAAGAAGCCAGGGGGGACAGAUUACAGACCUGUCCAAGACCUGCGAGAAGUCAACAAACGGGUGAGUGACAUACACCCAACUGUCCCUAACCCGUAUACCCUCCUGAGCAGUUUACUGCCUGAGUACACUUGGUACACUGUGCUGGACUUGAAGGAUGCCUUUUUCAGCCUACCCCUGGCAGUUCGGAGCCAGGAGAUAUUUGCCUUUGAGUGGACUGAGGGGGAGGGCCAACCGGUAGUACAAUUAACUUGGACCCGCCUCCCACAGGGGUUCAAGAACUCCCCUACCUUGUUUAAUGAGGCUCUGAGUGAGGACCUCUAAGAAUAUCGGGCUUGCCACCCAGAGGUCAUUCUGCUACAAUAUGUAGAUGACCUUAUGUUGGCUGGAACCACAGAGGAAGCUUGCAGCCGUGCCACUGGGGACCUAUUACAGACCCUAGGCAUCUCGGGGUAUCACGCUAGUGCAAAGAAGGCACAAAUAGCCCGGCAAGAGGUCACCUAUUUGGGGUAUAAGAUCAGGCAGGGGCAAAGGUGGCUAACCCAGGCCAUGAAAGAAACAAUAUUGCAGAUACCAGAGCCCAAAAACCCCCGCCAGGUGAGAGAGUUUCUGGGGACUGUUGGAUAUUGCAGACUGUGGAUUAUGGGGUUUGCUGAGAAGGCCCGGCCCUUAUAUGAGGGAAGUAAAGAGACCCCAAACUGGACUUGGACUGAGCCAAUGAAACAGGCUUUCCAGACACUCAGACAGGCCCUACUAGAAGCCCCAGCCCUUGCCCUGCCUAACCCAAAUAAGCCAUUCCAGCUGUUUGUAGAUGAAAAGCAAGGAAUAGGAAAGGGGGUCUUGACUCAACAAUGGGGACCAUGGAAGCGGCCGGUAGCAUACCUUUCGAAGCGAUUAGACCCGGUGGCCGCUGGGUGGCCCCCUUGCCUUCGCAUCAUUGCAGCUACAGCCCUCCUCGUCCGCGACGCUGACAAGUUGACGUAUGGACAGCAACUCUCGGUUUACACCCCCCACGCCGUAGAAGGGGUUUUAAAGCAGCCGCCGGGUAAGUGGAUCUCCAAUGCCCGCUUGACACACUACCAGGCCUUGCUGCUCGAUGCCCCAUGGGUGCGUUUUCAGACCCCUUGCUUCCUAAAUCUGGCCACGCUCCUACCCAACCCAGAGAAGGACAGCCCUCUCCAUGAUUGCAGUGAGAUACUGGCUGAGGCCCUGGCGGCACGAAAAGACUUAACUGAUGUACCCCUAAGCAACAGGGAGCUAGUAUGGUUCACCGAUGGGAGCAGUUAUGUAAAAGAUGGGCAAAGGAAGGCGGGAGCCGCCAUAGUUGAUGAUUCAGGGCAGACGAUAUGGGCUGAGACACUACCCCCAAACACUUCUGCACAAAAAGCAGAAUUGAUUGCCCUAACACAGGCUCUGGAGCAAGCCAAAGGGAAGAGAGUCACCAUUUUUACUGACAGCCGAUAUGCUUUCAGCACUGCCCAUAUGCAAGGUCCCAUAUACCAAGAAAGGGGAUUUCGGACAGCUGAGGGAAAAGAGGUCAAAAAUCUGCCUGAGAUUCGCAGGAUCUUGGAAGCUGUCCAACUACCCCAGGCAGUAGCUAUAGUACAUGUCCCCGGUCACCAGAAAGGAGAAGACCCUAAGGCGCGGGGCAAUCAUGCUGCUGAUGCGGCCGCUCGAGAAGCGGCUAGCCGGGACUAUGCUGCCCUCAUAUUAGCCAUGGGACUUCCACCUUCUUGUAUGGGGACCUUGCCACCAGUUCCCGAAUAUUCCCUCCCUGAUCUCGCCUGGAUCAACAAGGAUACCACCCUCCAGAAAGAUGACUAAGAUGGAUGGUACCGAGACCAAAUCAACAACCUGAUCUUGCCUGCCACCCUGGGUCGUCACCUGUGUGAACACCUGCACACAACUACACACUUGGGAGAAAAAAAGACCCUAACACUUCUCCAGACGGCCUGCCUGAGGUUCCCUCGACAAAAUGCCACUGUACGAGACAUAAUUCAAGCCUGCAAAGCGUGCCAGCUGAUGAGGGCAGAGAAGAAGCAGCACUCGGGAACGAGGUACCGAGGGGAAAAGCCAGGGCAACACUGAGGUAAGGCCAGGCAAGUACGGGUACCGCUAUCUGUUGGUUCUGGUAGAUACCUUCUCGGGGUGGGUGGAAGCUUUCCCCACUAAGGGAGAGACAGCAAUAGUGGUUGCUAAAAAGAUCUUAGAGGAGAUAGGGCCUAGGUAUGGGCUGCCAGUGACUAUGGGCUCUGAUAAUGGACCUGCCUUUGUGAGCCAGAUUGUACAAGGGCUGGCCCAAGCUCUGGGGACGAAAUGGAAGUUACAUUGUGAAUAUAAUCCCCAGAGCUCAGGACAGGUUGAGAGAAUGAAUCGGACCCUAAAAGAAACUUUGACAAAGUUGGCAAUAGAGACUGGCGGGGACUGGGUGACCCUCCUCCCCUUUGCACUCUUUCGGGCACGUAACACCCCUUAUAAGCUGAAUCUUACUCCUUUUGAGAUUCUGUAUGGAAGACCCCCUCCUGUGUAUCCUAUUUUCGAAGGAAAAUGUCUGCCACCCCCUACUUUGGGACAAUUCCAGCAAACUCUGAUAGCAUUAAGUAAGAUGCAUAACCAUGUUUGGAAAUUGAUUCGAGAGAUACAUGAGGGCCAAAACAAGAGGGCCCUCCCCUCACAUAAUAUUGGCCCAGGUGAUUGGGUUUGGGUAAAACGACACCAAUCUAAAGUAUUAGAACCUAGAUGGAAACGCCCUUAUAUUGUUGUUCUUACCACUCCUACCGCUGUCAAGGUCGACAGGAUUGGACCCUGGGUUCACUGCAAUCACGUGCGGCAAGCCACAUCGGAAGAACAGGAAAAAGCGCGAGCAGAAUGGAAGGCGAGUCCUCACCCGUCAAAUCCUUUGAAACUGAAACUCGUCUGCCGAGAGGCCUCCUAAUUCUCCUGCUGAUGGCAGCUCUCAUCGACCCAGGAGCGACCAGUCAUAACCCCCAUCAACCUGCUAAGAUCACAUGGAAACUCAACGACGGGCAAACUCAUGAGCUGCUCAAUGAGACCUCAGGAAUCCACCCUCCAAACACCUGGUGGCCAGACCUGAACUUCGACCUCUCAAGCCUCUUCGCAAAGCAGGACGGUCUCUAUGAUAAGUCCUAUAGGGAUGGGAUAAAAAACCAUAGGUUGGGGUUUUGGGCUUGCCCGGGCUAUGUAAGAAAUAACUGGAAAACCUGUGGUGGCAUAGAAAGCUAUUAUUGCAGGAGCUGGAGUUGUGUGACCUCUUGUGAUGGACCCCAGAGGUGGGAUGUCGGAAACAGAGAUCUAGUUAGCUUCACCUUCAAGGACCGUAGACACCAGGGGCCUCAGGUACGAGUACAAUUUAACCAGGAACGGACGAAGAAAGAAAACCGCUGGACCUCAGGACUGACUUGGGGUUUUCAGCUUCACGUAAAUUGGCCUGGCCCCUACCCAGGCGAGCUUUUAAUCAUUAAACAGGUUAUUGAGCCGGUGCAGGUACAUAGUUUAGGUCCCAAUCUGGUCAAAGCAUUACAGGGGCAUAAGGCGACCCCCAAGCCAACCACCUUCAGACCAAGCUUGCCGGGAACAUUUAACAUCUCCUCUACCCCGAGCCUCAGAGGCAAACUGACAGAAACCCCUGGCCCUCUGGCUGUUACCAUUAGCUCAGCAAUUCAGGACCCCCUAUGGGCCUUAGUGAAUGCAGCCUUUACGGUCUUAAACCAUACCAACCCUAAUGCGACCCAGUCCUGUUGGCUUUGUUAUAAUCUUCACCCACCCUUCUAUGAGGCCAUAGGCCUCAAUGUCUCUUACCACUUAUCUUCAGGCCAGAACCCACCCCCAUGCCGAUGGGAAGAACGCAAGGUUGGCCUCACAAUGAAUGAAGUCUGGGGACAGGGACUCUGUUUGGGCACAGUGCCACGUGAUAAAACUUCCCUCUGUGCCCGGACUAUUAGUAACCUACGCUUACACGGCAAACAUUGGAUUGUGCCAGAGGUUGGGGGUUGGUGGAUUUGUUCACAUACUGGGCUAACCCCAUGUUUACAUUGUGAAGAUUUUUAACCAGAGUCAAGAAUUCUGUGUCCUGGUUGCUGUAAUGCCAAAAAUCUUAUACCACUCUGAAGAGGUUAUGUACUCACAUUGGGACCGGGAAUUGCUAAGACAAAAGAGAGAGCCAAUCAGUGCGAUCACCAUGGCAGCCUUGUUCAGUCUUGGGCUGGCAGGAGCAGGGACAGGAAUAGCUUCACUAUCUCUGCAAGGCCAAGGGUUUUCCUCCCUACGAGCCGCCAUAGAUGAAGAUAUAACUCGCAUAGAAGAAUCAAUCAGCCACUUAGAGAAGUCUCUGACUUCCUUGUCUGAGGUGGUCUUGCAGAAUAGGAGAGGAUUAGACUUGAUUUUUCUCCAACACGGUGGGGUCUGCGCGGCUCUGGGAGAAGAAUGUUGUUUCUAUGCAGACCACACAGGAGUGGUAAGAGAAUCUAUGGCAAAAGUAAGAGAAGGGCUGGCGCAACGAAAGAGGGAACGGGAGGCCCAACAGGGAUGGUUUGAGUCUUGGUUUCAACGCUCCCCCUGGCUGACCACCUUAGUUUCCACCCUCCUGGGCCCGCUUAUAGUGCUAUUAUUAACACUUACAUUUGGCCCUUGUAUUUUAAACCGGCUAAUGUCAUUUAUUAAAGAACGUCUAAAUACCAUUCAGAUUAUGGUAUUGAGGCAGCAAUAUCAGAUGGUAGCCCAGGAUGAAGAGAAAGAUUCCUCUACAGGAACAACAAGACAGGGGGGAAUGUGAGGCUGCCAGGGUUAAUACCGUGACGGGCGGCCUGGACCUAAGUUUUAGCUUCCCCCGAAAUGGUAAGAUUCCCUACCCCCAUCAGGUAACCUGGAGCCAGCCAAUCAAUAUGCGCCCAGUAAGAACAAAGGGAGAGCUGAAAAGCCCGUGAACGCCCAGGUUUGAAAAAAGCCCGCGAAAGUCUGUACCAAUAGAAUUGCCUUGCAAACAUGUAACCAAUCCGCUUAAGCCAGCUACUAACCGCUUUUGCAUAUCUUAUAAAUUUGUGUAACAAGCUUGAGUUCAGCGCUUUCUGACCCUGCACCACUGUGAUGUUUGUGGCAGAAAGCCCUGGCUCGAGACAGUAAUAAACUUCCCUUUUUUGCGAGUUGCAUUGUCUUGGAAGCCUUCUCUCUCUUCCCGCUCGGGGAUUCGGACAUCGGGCAUAACAUUUGGGGGCUCGUCUGGGAUCCCUUGACCGGGAGAAGGGAACGCUUACAGGACAAAGGGGAAGGAUAAAUAAUAACACCGGUGCUCAGGAAAGUCCAGAGUAAAUCCAAGGCCCUGCUGGGAAGCAGGGAGGUAUCUGGCACAGAAGGAAGGCUUUCUAUAAAGGGGGGCCAGCCGGCAUAAGGCCGAGGCCAGCGGAUGCGCUGGGAGGCAGCCGACUCCGCGGGAAGGAAAGUUCCUCUACCGACCCCGAGUCUGGUGAAAAGCGGACGCCAUUCUGUAAGGUGAAUCUGCUACCGGGAGGCAAGAAAAUUCAGGGGGCCCGAAAACCCAGCGCUGUGUCGUCGGCCGACGUUUGUUUGUCCGUGUGUUUGUCUUUGGCUCUCCGUGUUUUUGUGUGUGCCGGCAUUGUCUCUAGUCUCGUUCUCUUCUGGUGCAUCGUUCUUUCUCACUUCUGACUUUUUCUCCUUCUCUUCUUCUCUGAUCUGCCCUCAACUCCUUUUCUUUUCGGGAGUUUCAGUGAACAGGCGAAUGGUUGUGGGGGCAUUUGAUGAGUCCUGGCCAGGGCUACACUCUGGCGGACUCUGAAGGCCCUACAAUAAGUAAGCCUCAGUAACUAGAGCCCGACCGGGUGAAACUCUCCUUUAACAUCCCUAACUGAGGACGUGGCCUAAAAUUCUUCUUGUGGGCACGGGUCAGGCACUUAAAGGCCAUUAGGGCACCUGCCACUUGAAGACUCCCGUGAGAGGAUAAGGGGGUCACGGAACGGACUAGAAACCCCUAGGGUGCCCGCCCCCAGCAAGAAAACUUCCGUGCAACGACGCCGGCACAUAAACAGUUCCAAAAGCAUACCAUAAGCCCAACCUCUUGGCCGCCACCACUCCCGGUAGGAUUUUUGGUGGUCGUUCUCAGUGACUUCCUCUCUCUCUUCCUUACCGUUUAUUCUUUGACCAUGGGGCAGGGAGAAUCUACCCCACUUUCUCUCAUGACUGACCAUUUUUCGGAUGUCAGGGCCAGGGCCCAUAACUUGUCUUUGCUAGUCAAGAAAAGUAAAUUAAUAACUUUUUGUUCUGCAGUGGCCCGCCUUUCAGGUUGGAUGGCCUCCAGAAGGCACCUUUCAACCGUCCAUCAUACAGGCUGUGAAGGAAAAGAUUAUGGCUCCUGAUCCCUGGGGCCAUCCGAGUCAGGUCCCCUAUGUCAUGGUCUGGCAGGAUCUAGUGGAAAAUCCGCCUAAAUGGUUAAAACCUUUUGUUCACAAACUUCCUAGUUCCUCCAAUUCACAGGUCCUGGUGAUGGAGACCCCCCGGAGGAAACCAAAAAGAAAGAGGACCCAAAACCAGUCCUUCAGGAAUCAUCUUAUCCAAACCUGAUAGAUCUAGAAACGGAGAUAAGGCCUCUGCCAUAUGUGCCCUCCUUGCAAUCCCCUCCGAGGAGAGAAGCUCCCACAGGUGAACCGAGAGGAUUAAGAGGGCCAACGGGAACCGACCGUGAGGGGGGGCUGGCAUUGGGGACCCGGGGGAAAACUAAGGGAGAUAGGGGUAAGCAAGACCCUGGGGCCCCAGAGUUACCUUCAUCCACUGUUCAGGCGCUCCCCGUCCGAGUGGGACCAACUAACCCGGACGGAGAGCGAACCUAUCAGUACUGGCCCUUUUCCACGAGUGACCUGUACAAUUGGAAGACCCAAAACCCUCCUUUCUCAGAGAAACCCCAAGGCCUCAUUGACCUCUUAGAUUCCAUUUUGUUCACUCAUAAUCCCACCUGGGAUGAUUGUCAGCAGCUGUUGCAGGUGCUCUUCACCACGGAAGAACGGGAGCGAAUUCUGGCAGAGGCGCCGAAACGGGUCCCAGGGGUCGACGGGAGGCCAACCGCCCAGCCUCAUCUUGUGGACGAGGGGUUUCCCCUGUUGCGGCCUAACUGGGAUUUUGAGCGGGUGGAAGGUAGGGAGCGUCUCCGAGUGUACCGCCAGACUCUAAUGGCUGGCCUGCGGGCUGCAGCAAGAAAGCCGACAAAUCUGGCAAAGGUAAAUUUAGUAAGGCAAGAGCCCACUGAAAGCCCGGCAGCCUUCCUAGAGAGGCUGAUGGAAGCUUUCAGGCAAUAUAUACCUAUGGACCCCCAGGCUGAGGAGUCACGCGCUGCAGUUCUGUUAGCGUUCGUGAAUCAGGCAGCCCCAGAUAUUAGGAAGAAAUUACAAAAGGUAGAGGGAUUGGGAGAACAGACAAUACAGGAUUUACUGAAAGUAGCUGAAAAGGUAUUUAAUAAUAGGGAAACCCCAGAAGAAAGGGAAGAGCGAAUUCGGCGGGAGGAAAGGGAAUUAGCGGAGAAGAACAGGAAAGAAGAUAGGGAACAUAGGGCGAGGGAAAACCGGAAGAACCAGAAGGAGCUAGCCCAGAUUCUUUUUGCGGGGAUAAAGGCCGGAACAGAAUUGAGGGAACCUCGAGACCCCCGGACGGGAGAAAAAGAAAAACCAAAAAGGCAGGCCCUAAAGAAGGAUCAGUGCGCCUACUGCAAAGAACAGGGGCACUGGAAAAACGAGUGCCCUAAGAGGGACUCAAGGAGAGGAAUGACCCAGAGAGAGAAAAUCCCCCCUGGAACUCGAGUUCUAUAUGCGGGGGAAGACAGUGACUAGGGGAGUCGAGACUCGGCACCCCUCCCCGAGUCCUGGGUAGCCAUACAUGUGGAGGGGAAACCCGUUGGCUUCAUGGUAGAUACUGGCGCCCAACACUCUGUUUUAAAUAAAAAACUGGGACCAAUGUCUAAGAAAACCAGCUUAGUGCAAGGAGCCAUGGGGACAAAAAGAUAUUGUUGGACCACAGAAUGGAAAGUAAAUCUGGGGACCCACCAGGUGUCCCAUUCGUUUUUGGUGAUACCAGAAUGCCCAGCCCCUCUACUUGGAAGAGACUUGUUGACUAAAGUUAAUGCUCAGAUCCAUUUUGACCCCGGGGGAAUGUCAGUCACGGAUGGACUUGGACAACCGAUACAUGUCUUGUCCCUAGCCUUAAGAGAUGAAUACAGACUUUUUGCGCCUAAGCCCUCAGAGACCAUAGCACUAGAUGUACAACCGUGGGUCCAUAAAUAUCCAUUGGCCUGGGCAGAAACAGCAGGAAUGGGACUAGCCAAACAGAGACAUCCGGUCGUCAUCGAGCUAAAGGCCGAGGCAGUUCCUGUGAGGGUGAGACAGUACCCUAUGAGCCAAGAAGCUCGGCGGGGGAUCACUCCCCACAUUCGACGGCUCAUGGAGGCCGGAAUUCUCAGGCGAUGCCAAUCCCCACACCCCCUUACUGCCGGUGAAGAAGCCAGGGGGGACAGAUUACAGACCUGUCCAAGACCUGCGAGAAGUCAACAAACGGGUGAGUGACAUACACCCAACUGUCCCUAACCCGUAUACCCUCCUGAGCAGUUUACUGCCUGAGUACACUUGGUACACUGUGCUGGACUUGAAGGAUGCCUUUUUCAGCCUACCCCUGGCAGUUCGGAGCCAGGAGAUAUUUGCCUUUGAGUGGACUGAGGGGGAGGGCCAACCGGUAGUACAAUUAACUUGGACCUGCCUCCCACAGGGGUUCAAGAACUCCCCUACCUUGUUUAAUGAGGCUCUGAGUGAGGACCUCUAAGAAUAUCGGGCUUGCCACCCAGAGGUCAUUCUGCUACAAUAUGUAGAUGACCUUAUGUUGGCUGGAACCACAGAGGAAGCUUGCAGCCGUGCCACUGGGGACCUAUUACAGACCCUAGGCAUCUCGGGGUAUCGCGCUAGUGCAAAGAAGGCACAAAUAGCCCGGCAAGAGGUCACCUAUUUGGGGUAUAAGAUCAGGCAGGGGCAAAGGUGGCUAACCCAGGCCAUGAAAGAAACAAUAUUGCAGAUACCAGAGCCCAAAAACCCCCGCCAGGUGAGAGAGUUUCUGGGGACUGUUGGAUAUUGCAGACUGUGGAUUAUGGGGUUUGCUGAGAAGGCCCGGCCCUUAUAUGAGGGAAGUAAAGAGACCCCAAACUGGACUUGGACUGAGCCAAUGAAACAGGCUUUCCAGACACUCAGACAGGCCCUACUAGAAGCCCCAGCCCUUGCCCUGCCUAACCCAAAUAAGCCAUUCCAGCUGUUUGUAGAUGAAAAGCAAGGAAUAGGAAAGGGGGUCUUGACUCAACAAUGGGGACCAUGGAAGCGGCCGGUAGCAUACCUUUCGAAGCGAUUAGACCCGGUGGCCGCUGGGUGGCCCCCUUGCCUUCGCAUCAUUGCAGCUACAGCCCUCCUCGUCCGCGACGCUGACAAGUUGACGUAUGGACAGCAACUCUCGGUUUACACCCCCCCACGCCGUAGAAGGGGUUUUAAAGCAGCCGCCGGGUAAGUGGAUCUCCAAUGCCCGCUUGACACACUACCAGGCCUUGCUGCUCGAUGCCCCACGGGUGCGUUUUCAGACCCCUUGCUUCCUAAAUCCGGCCACGCUCCUACCCAACCCAGAGAAGGACAGCCCUCUCCAUGAUUGCAGUGAGAUACUGGCUGAGGCCCUGGCGGCACGAAAAGACUUAACUGAUGUACCCCUAAGCAACAGGGAGCUAGUAUGGUUCACCGAUGGGAGCAGUUAUGUAAAAGAUGGGCAAAGGAAGGCGGGAGCCGCCAUAGUUGAUGAUUCAGGGCAGACGAUAUGGGCUGAGACACUACCCCCAAACACUUCUGCACAAAAAGCAGAAUUGAUUGCCCUAACACAGGCUCUGGAGCAAGCCAAAGGGAAGAGAGUCACCAUUUUUACUGACAGCCGAUAUGCUUUCAGCACUGCCCAUAUGCAAGGUCCCAUAUACCAAGAAAGGGGAUUUCGGACAGCUGAGGGAAAAGAGGUCAAAAAUCUGCCUGAGAUUCGCAGGAUCUUGGAAGCUGUCCAACUACCCCAGGCAGUAGCUAUAGUACAUGUCCCCGGUCACCAGAAAGGAGAAGACCCUAAGGCGCGGGGCAAUCAUGCUGCUGAUGCGGCCGCUCGAGAAGUGGCUAGCAGGGACUAUGCUGCCCUCAUAUUAGCCAUGGGACUUCCACCUUCUUGUAUGGGGACCUUGCCACCAGUUCCCGAAUAUUCCCUCCCUGAUCUCGCCUGGAUCAACAAGGAUACCACCCUCCAGAAAGAUGACCAAGAUGGAUGGUACCGAGACCAAAUCAACAACCUGAUCUUGCCUGCCACCCUGGGUCGUCACCUGUGUGAACACCUGCACACAACUACACACUUGGGAGAAAAAAAGACCCUAACACUUCUCCAGACGGCCUGCCUGAGGUUCCCUCGACAAAAUGCCACUGUACGAGACAUAAUUCAAGCCUGCAAAGCGUGCCAGCUGAUGAGGGCAGAGAAGAAGCAGCACUCGGGAACGAGGUACCGAGCGGAAAAGCCAGGGCAACACUGAGGUCGACAGGAUUGGACCCUGGGUUCACUGCAAUCACGUGCGGCAAGCCACAUCGGAAGAACAGGAAAAAGCGCGAGCAGAAUGGAAGGCGAGUCCUCACCCGUCAAAUCCUUUGAAACUGAAACUCGUCUGCCGAGAGGCCUCCUAAUUCUCCUGCUGAUGGCAGCUCUCAUCGACCCAGGAGCGACCAGUCAUAACCCCCAUCAACCUGCUAAGAUCACAUGGAAACUCAACGACGGGCAAACUCAUGAGCUGCUCAAUGAGACCUCAGGAAUCCACCCUCCAAACACCUGGUGGCCAGACCUGAACUUCGACCUCUCAAGCCUCUUCGCAAAGCAGGACGGUCUCUAUGAUAAGUCCUAUAGGGAUGGGAUAAAAAACCAUAGGUUGGGGUUUUGGGCUUGCCCGGGCUAUGUAAGAAAUAACUGGAAAACCUGUGGUGGCAUAGAAAGCUAUUAUUGCAGGAGCUGGAGUUGUGUGACCUCUUGUGAUGGACCCCAGAGGUGGGAUGUCGGAAACAGAGAUCUAGUUAGCUUCACCUUCAAGGACCGUAGACACCAGGGGCCUCAGGUACGAGUACAAUUUAACCAGGAACGGACGAAGAAAGAAAACCGCUGGACCUCAGGACUGACUUGGGGUUUUCAGCUUCACGUAAAUUGGCCUGGCCCCUACCCAGGCGAGCUUUUAAUCAUUAAACAGGUUAUUGAGCCGGUGCAGGUACAUAGUUUAGGUCCCAAUCUGGUCAAAGCAUUACAGGGGCAUAAGGCGACCCCCAAGCCAACCACCUUCAGACCAAGCUUGCCGGGAACAUUUAACAUCUCCUCUACCCCGAGCCUCAGAGGCAAACUGACAGAAACCCCUGGCCCUCUGGCUGUUACCAUUAGCUCAGCAAUUCAGGACCCCCAUGGGCCUUAGUGAAUGCAGCCUUUACGGUCUUAAACCAUACCAACCCUAAUGCGACCCAGUCCUGUUGGCUUUGUUAUAAUCUUCACCCACCCUUCUAUGAGGCCAUAGGCCUCAAUGUCUCUUACCACUUAUCUUCAGGCCAGAACCCACCCCCAUGCCGAUGGGAAGAACGCAAGGUUGGCCUCACAAUGAAUGAAGUCUGGGGACAGGGACUCUGUUUGGGCACAGUGCCACGUGAUAAAACUUCCCUCUGUGCCCGGACUAUUAGUAACCUACGCUUACACGGCAAACAUUGGAUUGUGCCAGAGGUUGGGGGUUGGUGGAUUUGUUCACAUACUGGGCUAACCCCAUGUUUACAUUGUGAAGAUUUUUAACCAGAGUCAAGAAUUCUGUGUCCUGGUUGCUGUAAUGCCAAAAAUCUUAUACCACUCUGAAGAGGUUAUGUACUCACAUUGGGACCGGGAAUUGCUAAGACAAAAGAGAGAGCCAAUCAGUGCGAUCACCAUGGCAGCCUUGUUCAGUCUUGGGCUGGCAGGAGCAGGGACAGGAAUAGCUUCACUAUCUCUGCAAGGCCAAGGGUUUUCCUCCCUACGAGCCGCCAUAGAUGAAGAUAUAACUCGCAUAGAAGAAUCAAUCAGCCACUUAGAGAAGUCUCUGACUUCCUUGUCUGAGGUGGUCUUGCAGAAUAGGAGAGGAUUAGACUUGAUUUUUCUCCAACACGGUGGGGUCUGCGCGGCUCUGGGAGAAGAAUGUUGUUUCUAUGCAGACCAUACAGGAGUGGUAAGAGAAUCUAUGGCAAAAGUAAGAGAAGGGCUGGCGCAACGAAAGAGGGAACGGGAGGCCCAACAGGGAUGGUUUGAGUCUUGGUUUCAACGCUCCCCCUGGCUGACCACCUUAGUUUCCACCCUCCUGGGCCCGCUUAUAGUGCUAUUAUUAACACUUACAUUUGGCCCUUGUAUUUUAAACCGGCUAAUGUCAUUUAUUAAAGAACGUCUAAAUACCAUUCAGAUUAUGGUAUUGAGGCAGCAAUAUCAGAUGGUAGCCCAGGAUGAAGAGAAAGAUUCCUCUACAGGAACAACAAGACAGGGGGGAAUGUGAGGCUGCCAGGGUUAAUACCGUGACGGGCGGCCUGGACCUAAGUUUUAGCUUCCCCCGAAAUGGUAAGAUUCCCUACCCCCAUCAGGUAACCUGGAGCCAGCCAAUCAAUAUGCGCCCAGUAAGAACAAAGGGAGAGCUGAAAAGCCCGUGAACGCCCAGGUUUGAAAAAAGCCCGCGAAAAUCUGUACCAAUAGAAUUGCCUUGCAAACAUGUAACCAAUCCGCUUAAGCCAGCUACUAACCGCUUUUGCAUAUCUUAUAAAUUUGUGUAACAAGCUUGAGUUCAGCGCUUUCUGACCCUGCACCACUGUGAUGUUUGUGGCAGAAAGCCCUGGCUCGAGACAGUAAUAAACUUCCCUUUUUUGCGA